CGCACUUCUAUCUCGUCUAUAGAGAACUCAAUGUAGAGCGAAGAGAGAGGAAUCGUAUCUCUUUCUUCCGUUAUUCUAUAUUUACGAUUUUUACGGAAUUGUUACACACAAUUAUUCGGAUUUGUGUUCCAGGCCAUCAAAAAAAAAAGUUACAGGAAAUGACGAGCCCAGUCGUAAUUUCGGCCACAACUAAGCACACAGCAACGUUAAUAUUUUUCCAUGGAUUGGGUGAUACAGGACAUGGCUGGGCUAGUUCAAUGGGUGCUGUACGAUCCCCUCAUAUCAAAGUUAUUUGUCCUACUGCGCCUACAAUGCCAGUGACACUAAAUACAGGGUUUAGAAUGCCUUCCUGGUUUGAUCUACGAUCUCUGGACUCUAGUGGCCCAGAAGAUGAAGAAGGUAUACGUAAAGCUGCUGAAACAGUUCACUCGUUGAUAGCAGAAGAGGUUGCUGCUGGGAUACCUACCACACGCAUUGUUCUUGGAGGAUUUAGUCAAGGUGGAGCACUAGCCAUGUACAGUGCCCUUACAUUCCCAGAGCCUUUAGCUGGUAUCGUAGCUUUGUCCGCAUGGCUUCCUUUACAUCAAAAAUUCCCAGCGGAAGCGAUAGGCAAUAAAAACACUCCAUUGUUACAAUGUCACGGCGACUGCGAUCCAAUAGUGCCAUAUAGAUGGGGUCAAAUGACAGCAUCUCUUCUGAAACAAUUCAUGACACAGACAGAAUUUAAAACUUACAGGGGAAUGAUGCAUACAUCUUCCGAGGAGGAAAUGCGCGAUAUAAAGAAAUUCAUCGAGAAGGUACUGAAGCCGUAAUAGAUCAAAUUAAAUAUGCAUUGAUAUUUUAAUGGCUACCUUCAGCAUCUAAUUGUAUAUUAUACUGAAAUUAUUCCAAUUUUGCAAUUAUUUAAUUUUACAUAAGUUACAUGAACUUUAAAGACAUUAAGUAGAAAAUGAUUAAAAAUCUUCCGAAAUAUGGGAAAGAUGCAGUACUACAUAGGAAAAAAAAAUACUUUUUAGAGGAAUAUACUUAUUUACGAUCUCUAUAAUUUAUAUAUUAUCUAUAUAUUCAAACUUCAAUAGUCUAGUAUACCAAAGCGUUCAUGUAGCAAUACAAAUUAAUCCAUGUGGUUCUUAAUCCUUUUAGUAUGCAUCUAUAAUUUACUGGCAAAAAAAUUUAUUUUGAUUUCAUAUUUAUAACAUCUAUAUAUAUAUAUAUGUAUUAAUACAAAUACAAAAAUUAUAUUUAUUUAUAAGAUCCACAUUGACGUGGCAAUACAUCAUUGAAAGAUCAUAAUACGAAAAUGAUUUAUGUUUUACUCAUUUUUACGAUUUUAGUCUGCGACAAUAGUAAUAAAUUUACACAUAACUUUGUGUUAAAUUUAAAAUAACAUUAAGUUAGACUAGAGAGGCAAAGAGCUUUUCGCAUCAGCUUUUUUGUCGACGAAACUUCCAUCCUUUCGCUCCUAUAUUAUGUUCAGAUAAAUCUUGUUUGAAUACAAACGAAAUACGUCCAAGAAGGACUUAAAUAGUUCACGUAUUUGGGGCAGCUGUGAACAUUCUGCAUUUAAAUUUCUAUUUCGCGUGCGAUUUAAAGGUGAAAUGCUGCUAAAAAAUAAUUUUUGUAGUUUAUAUUAUCUAGAAGAUAGCGACACAAAAGUGUAGUCUGUGAUUACACAUUGUAUUGUCAAAACCUAUCUAUUAUCAUUUAUACCCACAUAUAUAAAUCAGGAUUCCCUAAACUAUAGUGCAAUUUGGCAUAGAUCCUUAACAAAAAAUAUAUAAAUUAUCGUGAAAUAAUUGAAUAAUUGCAAAUAUUUGCACAGUUUCAGAAAUAUAUUCUUUCAAUAUAUGUAUUAUUAUAGUUACGAUAUAAUUAUGUUAUAGUUGUGAUGAAGCAAUUAUAAGUCGCUUCUCAAAAAAUAGCAAGAUCGACUUUAGACCGUGAACUAAUUUAAGUUUGGGAAAUCCUGUGAUAUGUACUCCUAGAGUAAAUAUGGUAUUAAUAUAUUACACAAAAUUACACGCUAAUGUAUAUAAAAUUAUAACACUUUCGGCUGAUUUUAUUAUUGGUACUAACAUACACUAUCCAGUAGACAAAUAAUAAAUAAAUAUAAAUAAAUAAACAAAGAACAAUAAGCUCCGAAUAUUUUUCAUGAGCUUUCUUUAGAAAUAUACUUUAUAACUAGCGACAAAUAGGGCAUUAGUUUGUAAGUUGUGUAACGUUUCAUCUAUAUAAAUAAAGUGUAUAAACAAUUUCUUCC